GCAGCCUACUAAAAAGGCAAAGUCUACUCCAGUGAGAAGGAAGAGAAAAAGCAACACUACUGUGGCAACAGAGCGAUCUAAAAUCUGGCAGCACUUUAUCAAGGUAGAUCACCCUAUCAUUGAGACCAUCAAUGGAAUAGAAACCGUUGUUGGAAAUACAAAGAGAGCACAAUUGAGUGUGAGUGCAACAAACCGCCCCACUUCACCCAAAGCUUUUCAUCAUCUGAUCACAAUUGAGUCUGAAAUUGAGGACUUGUUUACGCGUCAACAUUCAUCACAAGGAGAUGGAAGUGAAGUUGAAAGUGAAUCUGAAAACUUGUUAUCACAAAUGGCUGUCAAAAUGAGAAGCAAGUAUAAAAAAUAUUUUGGAUCAGUAGAUGAUUGCAAUCAGUUAUUGUUGGUAGCUUUAGUCUUGGAUCCAAGAUAUAAGCUGUUAAACUUUCAAAGAAUAUGCGAAAAGAUGCUGAAGUUAGGUGAUAAAAUGGUGAAAAAAAAAGUUGAAGAAGUCAAGGACUUACUUACCAGUUUAGUUGAUGCAUACGCUUCAG